GUUCGAUUUUGAUCAGGUACGACGCAAGAACCAACCGUACGGACUCGUCAAUCGCCUCGUCUUUAAAACCAAACCAUUGUUUUUGACGAGCUCUGUGCAAACGGAUGAAGUCACUACGUCAGAUUCUUGUCUACAGAGCAAAACGAGCCAUUAUCUCGGAGUGAUUUCAAAAAGACCUUUGCCAUGCGCGUGUCGGGCGUUGUGUGUGUGUGUGUGUGUGUAUGUGGAUGGUUUGAGUAAGAUUGAAACAUUGAGCUGCGUGGACAUUCCCACUCAACCAAUCAGUCAUCGCCGCCACCACGGCAACAACCACCAACAACAAACUGUCACCACCAACAACAAACUUGUCACCACCAACCGGGAAAACCAACAAUCACCGCCACAUACAUCACUACCACACCACCGUAAUCACCAUCGGCCAAUCUCAACCUUUCACCUGUGAUAUAGUUCAUACGAUCAACAGCUUUGAAAUUCUUCCUGUACAGUACUUAGCUUCAC